ACUAGCGCCAGGCAGCUGUCAGUGGCUAGCCAGAGUGCUAUGUUACUUAUCCUCUGAGUAUUUAAACUAAAUUAUUUUUUCUACUCUCCAACUUUGAGUGCGAAUAUUACCAGUUUACGAUUUUAAAUACGCUCGGGCGAAAACAUGCUCGGAUAUUUUCUCCCCAUUGUCUUUUGUGGUUUUGUUGAGCCGUGUGCAGAACUGCGGUAGCUGGAGCUAGCGUUAGCUUGUUGUUAGCUGCAAAUAGAUCAGCUGCGGACUGCUUCUCAUGCUUGGAAGAAAUUCUUUGUUCAUAGGCAGAAAGUUGUACGGUGACGGGCAGUAAAUGUUAUGCAGUGUUAUUAUGAAGUUGAUUAUUCAGAGCUAACAUUUGUUGGUUUAUUAGUUAUGUUGUCAGUGCACUAUGAAUGGACCAGUAACGUUGCACCAGCAACAAAGUAUUUAGAAUCACCCGAAUGCAUUUAAUCUACAUCAUCUAUUUGGUUUGUAAAAGUACAUUUACAAAGUGCGUGUUAUAACAAAAAAGAAAAUCAUUGUCAGAGAGCCUUAGCUUUGUUUGAGACCGCUGACAUGGAUAAAAAAUCAUUUGACAUCGUCUUGGACGAAAUAAGAAAGUGCGUCCUGACCGACCAGCGCAUCAAGGCCAUAGAGCAGGUGCAUGGAUAUUUCUCCAGUGAGCAGGUAAUGGAGAUCCUGAAGUACUUCUCAUGGGCUGAGCCUCAGAUCAAAGCAGUUAAAGCUCUGCAGCAUAAAAUGGUUGCAAUCCCUACAACCAAAGUUGCAAAUAUCCUGAAUUGCUUCACUUUCUCAAAAGACCGACUGGUUGUUUUGGAAUUAAUAGCUUUGAAUAUUUCAGAUGCUCAGAAUUAUCGUCCUGUGGAGGAUCUGUUUCGCAUACACUUGUCUGAGAAAAAGCGAGCUCGCAGGAUACUGGAGCAAGUGUGUAAAGUUGGCUGUAAGGCUCCUGUUGCCAUGAUCUCCUCCUGUGGUAUGAUACCAGGAAACCCAUACCCUAAAGGCAGACCCAGCCUGGUCACUGGUACAUUCCCUGGAAUUCCCCCCACAAAAAAGGAAGGAGAGAAGAAAGAUGAUGCGUCUAACAGUAUGGAGGGCAAAGGAAUUUCUUCACGUAUUAUUGGACCAUUCAAACCUUUUCCUUCAACCUACAACCCUCAUCGGCCCGUGCCCUACCCUAUACCGCCGUGCCGACCCCAUGCAACCAUCGCCCCAAGUGCGUACAACAACGCAGGUCUUGUUUCUGUGGGAGGGGUUAUAACAGCCACCGUGCCCCCUCCCCCCUACAACUCUGCCCACAAAGUAGCAGGUUAUGCCAAACCAGGCAAUCCACACAACACCACACCAGGAGUCAACAGUGGCCCCCUCCUCAUUCCUCAUGGAUCGAUACCUUCUAAUCCUGUCCCACCCCAGUCUCCAGCUCAGCAGGCUCCCACUACUCCCAUCACACCAGUUUUCCCUGGGAAGGUUCCAUCACACAACCCGAAUGCCCCCUCUCCCUCGCCUGCUCCAUCCCCAUCUGUCAUUAAAGCAGGACCACAGACUCCCAGUGGUCACGCUACACCCACACCCUCAUCUGUCAUUAAAGCCCACACACCCACAGGCACCCCCUGUGGAACUCCUGUCCCUGGUAGUGGGGGCUUCUCUUCUUCCCCCUUCCAUGCUCUUUCCCGACCAGGCACCCCCGCCAACUCCCGCAGCAGUUCGGACUCCAUGUUGCAGACAAACUCCAUGGGUUCAACUCAGCAAAAGCUUUUUCCUCAUUCCACAGACCACCAGUCAGGACCCAAUUUCUCUGGCAUACAGCCACAUACAGGUAACCCCUCUGGGUCAGUGAUACGAAGUUACACCCCCUCUGGACCACAAUCCCUCACUCCUAGAUCAUCCACUCCAGUAAUUCCGAGCUGUUCCACCCCUGGUCCCAGCCCCAAACCCUCUCCGGCUCAUUCUGCACAGGCCCAGGCUGCUAUUGCUGCAGCUGGAUCACUGAACAGACACACGGGGGGAAGUGGCAGUGGCAGUAACAGCCCCGUGCCCUCUGCGUUCAAGGGUGCCUCUCGUUCGGGCACACCAUCACUUAGCUCCUUGGUGGUCCCAGGUCCUGCGCAAGCUGCCCUGGCACGUUCUUUGGGUAUCUCACACUCCUCAGGUUCCCCUCAAGUCUCUCUUCCCAGUCCUGUCCAUAUCGCCGGCCUUCAAGCUCUGUCCUCCAGCCCGGCUUCCUCUCAUUACCCCAGCUUGUCCCAUUUCCCCAAUCUUUCUUCAUCUCUCCCUCCCUCUACCAUCUCUUCAUCCAUGUCCGCAAUGUCUUCCAACGCCAACAUUUCUAACCACCCACCAACCUCCAUCUACCCAGGCUUGGCUACCAACGCUGCUGGAAGUGCAGCUUCCCCUUUCGGUCUAGGCCUUACCUCUGGCCCUUCUUUAUUCCAAGGCCUUCCGCCUGGCUCUAGCCCUGCUGCCUUCCCAGGACUGGGUGUGUCAGGGGGUCAUGGAGCUGGGAGCCCUGUAUUGUCUUCAUUCAUGGGACUGUCGGGUGCUGCUCCGUCUUCAGUAGCAUCCGUGGCGCCACUGCAGGCGGCAGCAGCAGCAGCGGCGGCGGCAGCAGCAGCGGCAGGUGUUCCAUCAUCAUCACCAGUUUUACCAGGCUUUGCAUCGGCCUUCAGCUCCAACUUUCAGCCCGGGAUGGGUAGUGGACUCCAGCCUCCAGGGAGCAGUGGGUUUCCCAGCUUGCUCUCUUUCCCCGGAGUACCAGGCUUCUCUCCCUCUGCUUCCCCUGCCGCACUUGGUGGCCUCCACAACCCAGCAAUGCAGUCAGCUCUGUUACAGGCUCAUCCCACAGCCGGUUUAGAGAGCUUCCCUCCUCAACCCAACAGUUUCACCAACUACCCUCCAGGCCCAGGAAACCCCUUCCCUCUCCAGCCGAGUCUGCACCCCCAGCUGGGCUGGCAGUAAAAACCCUUCCCUUUUUUAUGUUUUGGCCUUGAACCAAGACAACACAUGACAACAACAGAUAAGAGCGUACCGAGUAUGUUGAAGCCAGAAUGAGGUGAGAAACACUACCACGACAAAAACAUGAAAUAGAGAGUGGGUUAUGUUUGUUACAUUACCCUUAGAGAAUAAACAUUUGUAAAUAUGACUUCUUUUUAGGCUUUACAUGUAGGCUGUACCUGGUUUUAAUGAUUUCUGGACUGACCACAUGAUAUGGAUUGAAAACUCUGAAUUGAGUAUUGUAUUAUUACAAUAACUUCUUCCUUUGCUGACUUGUGUCACACAGAAAGUGAAUAUUUUUAAGCCUCUGUGGCCCAGAGGAAACUCACAUUUGGCAGCUGCACUCACAUUUGUGUUAUUUACAGUAAACCCUCAUUUGUCGCUGUCAGCAGUUAACUGUGAUUCCCAUGUUGUUUGUUUACAAAGGUUCUUUUUUUACUAAUGUGACGGUUUGUAGUGCCGGUAUAUGAUCACACACACACACACUGUACUCAGAUAAUACUAAAAAAAAAAAACAGGUUAAAUCAUGUGUUGAUUAAAAUGGGGGGAUUGAGAUGUUUAAGGACUGUGUUUUUCAUCAUAGUGAAAACUGUGAUUCCUCUUUAUUUACUGUAAACCCCGAUUUAGUAUUUUAACCUAUGAAGAAGGUUCUUUUGGAAUUGGCUACUUUAUGAUGUGGGAGCGGUGGAAAUGUUGUUUAUUACACUGUGCUCAUUCUUUUUAUUUUUUAUUUCUUGUCUUUGAAACUGUUUUAUUGUUUUGUCAGUAAACUGCUGGUUGCUGUA